CUCCCAAAUUAUUCAUCCCAUUUCCCCAUUAAUAUUAUGUUUCACUGUUUUUAUCUCGACAAAAUGGCGAAUUGGCAAUCGUGUAUGAAAAUGGCGGGAACACCUGAUCCUUAAUACCUUAACACAUUAGCGGCUUCAGCCUCCCUCUUUAUGCUAGUCAUUUCUGCUUUCUGUCUCAUCGGUGGUCACUCUAUCUCUUCCCGUAUAUCUUCUUCCUUCUCAAAGCACUUCUCUUUCUUCUACGGCCAAUUACCAAAGUACGUUCCAGGUGUCUGUCUACCAAGUGCGACUGCAACCGAGGCAAUGCCGCCUUCUUCAGGUUCGCCAAAAAUUGUUGUAGAAUACGCGAAAUCGAAUCGCUCAUCGUGCAAGAGUUGCUCGAAGACGAUAUCGGCGAAGACACUGAGGUUGGGUUUGGUGACCAGAGACCGGCGAGGGUUUGAUAUGACUAAGUGGCACCACUUGGAAUGCUUCCCAAUCGGGUCGGAGCCGAUCGAAUCCGUGGACGAUAUCAACGGGUUCUCUUUCACUGGCGACCAGGAAGCUUUGAAGAAAAUGGUCGAAGCAAGUGAGAAGGAUUCACUUGAGGUUCAGAAAAUAGAUGAAAAGAAAGAAGAAAAUGAACUGGAUGAAAGGAGUCCAAAGAAAGCAAAGUUGUCAACACCUUCUAUGGAAGCUGAGCUCAGCCUGGCCUUUUCAGUCUCAGCUAUCAAGGACAAAUAUAGGGAUGCUAAACUGAUGCCAAAAUGGAAGGCAUUCCAGACCAUCAUAUUUCUUGAACGUGAUGAGGGCCUCCAUGAUUCGGAAAAAAUUGCUGCAUUUGAUUUUGAUGGAUGUCUUGCAAAAACAUCAGUUAAAAGAAUAGGCGCUGAUGCUUGGUCCCUUAUGUAUCCUUCAAUACCAGAGAAGCUACAGAGUUUAUACAAUGAUGGCUACAAACUGGUAAUCUUCACUAACGAAUCCAACAUCGAACGCUGGAAGAAUAAGAGACAGGUAGCUGUGGAUUCAAAACUUGGACGGCUCAACAGUUUCAUCAAAUUUGUAGAGGUCCCAAUUCAGGUUUUUAUAGCUUGUGGGGUCGGUGGCUCUGAUGGUAACGCAGAAGAUCCCUUCCGCAAGCCCAAGACUGGGAUGUGGCAAAUUAUGGAGAAACAUUUCAACUCCGGCAUUUCAGUUGAUAUGGAUCAAUCCUUUUAUGUUGGUGAUGCAGCAGGGAGAUCCAGUGAUCAUAGUGAUGCCGAUAUCAAAUUUGCUCAGAAAAUAGGAUUGAAAUUCUAUGUACCAGAGGAGUAUUUCAGCUCUUAAAGAACUUCUGAGUGGUGCAUUACUUCGAAAGUAGUCUGUGGAUUGGCCAAAUGUUAAACUGAAGUGUAGAAUGUUAGCAUUAGAAUGAUCAUUCACCCAAGUUAACCCUCUCUCUCUCUCUCUCUCUCUCUCUCGCACAGGCAGGCACAGCGUGAAGAGGAGGACAAAUUGGAAGAAAGCUGUCAGUAGGGGAAGAGAAGGAUUAGGGAAUGGCGGUUUUUCCUUAAUGAGUAGUAAUAGCGGCUUGAGAUAUAUUGGAACCUGGCUCUAUGCAUAAUCAAUGCUUGUAGUAAAAAUAGCGGUCAGUUUAUCAGC